UGAAGCAGUGGAAAAGCUUGCCUCCCGAUGGGGUGGUUGCCCCAUGGCUGGAGGUUUUCAAGAAAAGAUUGGACAGCCAUCCAUCCGGGAGGAUAUGGCCCUGUUGCCUAUCUGUCUCCUAACCACAGCCCAACCAGCUUCCUCGCUAAAAUGUUAUACGUGCACCGCCCAAUCCAGCAACGACCGAUGCAUGACGCCAACAGCCUGCUCUGCGGCGGACAAAUACUGCAUGACGAUUGUGGGGGCCUUAGAGAUCGGCUCCCCUGGCGCAGUGCGGUUGUCCAAGUUGUGUAUGCCAGAGUGUACUGAGACCAACACACAUGGCAUUUCCACCUCCUGCUGCCAGAGCGACUUUUGCAACUCGAACGGAGCAGCCGGCGAGAGACUGAGUAACGUGAUGCUGCUGGCUGGGAUCGUGGGCCCCUUGGCCCGUCUUUUUCUCUGAACUGGAGAUAUCAUGACGCUUUGGUUGAACGGAGUUGGGUCGUUCCAUUCUCUUCCUCCGUUUGUUUGGCGAUACAUCAGGAUAAUGUUCUGUAAUGGCAAUGUAGGUCCACCCAUUGAC